AUGCUACUUUCAAUUCAGAGUUCCAAACUACUCAUACAGCCGUUCGUUCCACUGUCAAGCAGACGUUCUUUCGUGAUAACUCGAUACCUUCUAAAUGACACAGAAAAAAAUAUAUCUAAACUAGCAGCAAAGUCACAGAAAAAAAAGGCAGAUAAACCUAUUGGUGUUAGAAAUCUGGGAGUUGCCACCCAAUUAUAUAUUCCACCUACUGGCAAAUCUCUGGUUGGGCUAUGGAAAACCCAUCCUAAACUUUAUCUGCAAUGUGUAUUUCGUCGAAUGUUCAACUUAGGUCUUAAUACAAUUCAAAUUGCUGUAUGGAGACAUCAAACAGGACUUUCCCCACAAUUUGCAUUAUGGAGAACGAAAGCUACUAAACUUUAUGCUGAUGUUCAUUCCUCGUUUGCCAAGAAAUCAUUGGCUCCCGUAAAUGAUAAAAUUUCAAUAUGGGUACAAGAUGCAUUAUCCUCACGUCUACAACAACUACCAAGAUCUGUGUCAUUGGAUUGGAAGCUGUUAAAGUUUCAUAAAGUUCCAAAGAUUGUCUCUUUACAAUGUUUGAUGAUUCCAGGGACACCGUUAGAAUAUUUACAAAUCGUAUAUAGGUUUGAGACUCGCCAACGAUUAAUCCGUUUUGAUAAAAUAACAGGCAAAACUGAAAAAUAUGAUAGGGAUGUUGUAGAUAAUAUGGCAUUCAUUUGUCAAGCUGAGACUAACAAAGUUUAUUUGAUCGGGUCUGUUUUUGAAAGUAAGCCUACUGAUACAUUUAAAAGAGAUAUUAAACUGGAUAAUAAAGUAGCCCUUACAAGAAUAGUGAAGAAUGCAGAUAUAUACAGAGUCUCUGAUUGA